UCUCCUCCUCUCCUCCUCUCCUCAGUGUCUGACCCACACCUCACGGCACCGCAGCUCCGGGGCGGGAGGACCACUGACUGUUUGCAGAGAUGCCGAAGCCGAUUAAUGUCCGUGUUACUACCAUGGAUGCGGAGCUGGAAUUUGCCAUCCAGCCCAAUACUACAGGCAAACAACUCUUUGAUCAGGUGGUUAAAACCGUUGGCCUGCGAGAGAUCUGGUUCUUUGGACUCCUGUAUAUAGACACCAAAGGCUACCCUAACUGGCUGAAACUCGACAAGAAGGUCUCCCAACAGGAUUUAAAGAAAGAAAACCCUGUCCAAUUCAAGUUCCGUGCCAAAUUCUUCCCAGAGGAUGUCUCUGAGGAGCUCAUUCAGGACGUUACUCAGAAGCUGUUCUUCCUUCAGGUCAAGGAGAUCAUCCUAAGUGACGAGAUGUAUUGCCCCCCUGAGACAGCCGUGCUGCUCGCUUCCUACGCAGUGCAGGCCAAAUUUGGAGACUAUAACCAAGAAGUGCAUAAAUUUGGCUACCUUACAUCUGACCGCCUGUUGCCCCCACGUGUUCCGGAUCAACACAAGCUUUCCAGGGAGCAGUGGGAGGAACGGAUCCAGGUUUGGCAUGAGGAGCACCAUGGAAUGCUGAAGGAAGACUCCAUGCUGGAGUACCUAAAGAUCGCCCAGGACCUCGAAAUGUACGGAGUCAACUACUUUGAAAUCAAAAAUAAGAAGGGGACAGACCUGUGGCUGGGGGUGGAUUCUCUGGGGCUCAAUAUCUAUGAAAAAGACAACAGACUGACCCCGAAGAUUGGCUUCCCGUGGAGUGAGAUCCGAAACAUCUCUUUCAAUGACAAGAAGUUUGUCAUCAAACCUAUUGACAGGAAAGCUCCUGAUUUUAUCUUCUACGCUCCACGUCUAAGGAUAAACAAAAGGAUCUUGCAGCUCUGUAUGGGUAACCACGAGCUGUACAUGCGCCGUCGGAAGCCUGAUAGCAUUGAGGUGCAGCAGAUGAAGGCCCAAGCCCAAGAGGAGAAGCGCAAGAAACAGGUGGAGAGGGCUCAGUUUGAGAGCGAGAAGAAAAAGCGCGAGGCCAUUGAAAAAGAGAAAGAACAGAUGGAAAAUGAAAAACGUGACCUGGUGUUCAAGCUGCAGCAGUUUGAGGAGCAAACCAAGAAAUAUGAGCAGGAUCUGGCGGAGCAGAUGCAGCGAGCAGUGCAGCUGGAGGAGAAGCGGAGGAGAAGUCAGGAAGAGGCUGAACGCCUGGAGGCAGAGCGCAUGGAAGCUAUUCGCGCUAAGGAAGAAUUGGAGAGAGAGGCAGAGGAUCAAAUCAAAAGCCGGGAGCAAUUGGUUUCAGAGUUGUCUGAGUACACAGCACAGAUUGCCCUGCUGGAGGAUGCCAAGAGGCUGAAAGAGGAAGAGGCAGAGGAGUGGCAGCACAGAGCCUUGGAGGUCCAAGAUGAUUUGGCGAAAACCAAAGAGGAGCUGCAUUUGGUACUCUCCACCCCUCCACCACCACCACCACCAAUCUACCAAUAUGUGGAUGAGAAUGAGCAUGCUUACACUGAAGACAAUCAUAGCAGCCCUACCUACAGUGCAGAUCUGUAUAACGGAGGCAUCAUCAAUGACCGAAAUGAGGAGCUUCGCGUAACCGAAGUUGAGAAAAACGAGCGUGUGCAGCAACAGCUCAUGACAUUGAAGUCUGAACUUGCCCUGGUCCAAGAUGACACCAGGAAAACUCCCAAUGACAUAAUCCACACAGACAACCUCCGAGCAGGCCGAGACAAAUUCAAGACACUCCGCAACAUCAGGCAAGGAAACACCAAGCAGAGGAUCGAUGAGUUUGAAGCUUUCUAAGUGUCACCGUGGGAAUAAUACACCUGCAUCGCUUUACACAGGAUGGCAAACAAUCAGUAUAUUUCAGAUUUCUCAGUGGUCACUGGAGAGGUGAGCUUUAGAUUCCAUUGGAAAAAGAAGCCAUCAACCUCCUACAUCCCAGGCCUCACAGCCUGGUCCCCAUUCUUUCUCCACCAUAGUUUUCCAAAGCCUAGUUAUAUAAAUGUGUUCAAUUUUUAAUUUAAAAAAAAAAGUCUUUCCAACUGAGAUUCUUUCUCUUCCCUCCUACCCCCUUCCCUGUCCUGAUUAAGUGAGAAAGUUUUUCCCUCCCCUUUGGUUCUUCAGUUGCUGCCAUGGGUUUUGGUUACCUAAUUGUUUAAAGCAUUUUUGUUGUUUUUUCACAAUGCCUACAGAAAAGUCUCCAGUCUGAGACUUGGGGAUCAAGGUGCAAAGAUAAUGCCUCGGUGCCAAGAUGUCACACGGAAAGACAUUGUAUUUUGAGGAAUGAGAUAAGAAUCUUAACAAAUGCCACCACUAAUGUAAAGUGGUUGCAAUAGCCAAGUUUUGGGAAUUGAAGAACGUACAGGAUAUUUGCGAUUCUGCAGAUCAGGAUUUUUUGCUGUAACUUAGCAAAUGUAGUCGUGCCACAAGCUCCAACUUGGGAGUAUUUUGUAGAAACUCAAAUUUUAGAAUUUAGUUUCCAUGUAAGCCAACUUUAAGAAACCGCUCGAUGCUGUGAUGGGAAGAUGAUUGGGUGAGUGGGUAAUCUGUACCUCUCGUGAAUUUGUCUUUCACCGUCCGUCUCAUUUUCCUCUUUCCCUCCCCCAGCUCCAAAGUUCACAUGUUUCACAUUACUCACAUGAGAACUUGCAGACAGCACAGUGACCACUCAGAAAUAAUAAAUAAUACGCCCAAGAUCGAAACAUUUAUUUGAUACCUUAUCCCACCUUCUCAGCACAUCUUAAAGCAAAUUCCCUGUGUGCACAGCUGUAGGAUUUUAUUUUAAUAUCCCAACUUAUCAAUGAUUAUAUGUAGUAUUUAUAUACAGUUCAUUCUUGACAUUGAGAGAGAAAUGAUCCUGCUUUGUAUAUUAUUGCAGCUAUCAUCAGAAUCGUACUUCAAUACGUAAAGGAUAUGUAAUAAAGUAGCUAUCUCAUAACAGAAUAAUAGCUAGUUUUAUGUGCUACUGAUGCACGUUAUACAAUUUAUAUUAUAGAAAUGAAUCUAUUUGUAAAGAUGAUUUUUUUACUAUAGACCAAAUGCAACUUUAAAAAAACGGUUGUACAAAUUCAGCAGGAAGCAAAAUCAUGUUGUAUUUUGUUGCAGUUAAACUAACAGUGUCGAUCGCUACUUCAGGCUAUUACUUAAUUUUGUAAGUUUUUUUCUAGUCUACCUUUUUGAAUAUAAAGGGCUUAGGACUUGCCAUAGUUGUGUAGUCUCCAUAUUCAGGAGAGCAGGGCUGUGAUCUCUUCUCACAAAGGUGGCUAAAACAGGGUAGUCGUAACAGUCAUACCUUCUGUAACCUGAUGGUUGUCAAACCGGGAACACUGUCGCCCAUUGGAGCCAAGUUUCUGCCAGUUAAUGUGACAUUCACCUGCUUACUGGCUACAGUUGCUGUUUGCAAUUUCCUGCUACAUAUGUUUUUUACCCCACCUCCCACUACUCUCUCGAAUGGUGUGUUUAUCAAAAUGGUGAGCUCUGCUCCUCAGACGGAUGCUUUUGCUGCUCUGCACUUUGUACUUGAAAACCAUGUACUAAAGUCUCUGCAAUGUUCAAUUACACAUAAUAAAAUAUUUCUGCAAUGA